CGUGAUUUUUAAAAUCACUUUUAAGCCGGCAAUGUAGAUAUUAGCUAUGCUUCAAUAGUCGCAGUACGGUGAAUGCAUAGCGGUAUCUGUUUUUGCCGGCCGUCGUCGUUUAUUAAUCAUUCUAAGUGUUACUAUCUGAGCGAACAGACCUCUUUUGUUGCCUGUAGACCGACCGACCGAGACUAGAAAUGGUUUUAUCACUGGAAGACCCAGCCGUAAGGUCGUACAUCGUGUACUCGUCUAUCCUGGCGCUUAAGAUGUUAGGAGUGGCAACCCUGACAUCACUGACCCGCGGGCGGCGCAAGGCGUUCGCGAACCCAGAAGAUGCGAAGGCGUUCAAGGGGAAGAUAAAGAUGGACGAUCCGGACGUGGAGCGCGUGAGAAGGGCACACUUGAACGACUUGGAGAAUAUUCCGGCGUUCUGGAUCCUGGGCGCGUUGUACCUGACGACGGGUCCGGCGGGCGCGUGGGCCACGCUGCUAUUCCGGCUGGCGGCGGCGGGGCGCGUACUGCACACGCUGGUGUACGCCGUGGCGCCGCUGCCGCAGCCGGCGCGCGCGCUCGCCUACCUUGUGCCCUACGGCAUCAACGUUUACAUGGGAGUGCAAGUUGUAUUGCACUAUGCGAAUGCAUUUUGAAGUGUGAUUUUUGAUCAAAACAUUUACACAAGUUU